UUAUGCUGACCUUGUGCACUGCGAUUGGCUUACGAAAUGUCGGCUGAUGUCGAAUCUACUCUAGUAUGAACAUUCAUUCUUGAUCUUUGUGGGAAAGCAUUCGGCCACUUGUUGCUUUGAUAUAAAACCAAAAAGAACAAAGUACAUCUUACUUUGAAAAAUAAUACUUAUUAAAAUGAGUAAACCAGUUGCUGAUAUUGCCCUUAUUGGGUUGGCUGUUAUGGGUCAGAAUUUAAUCCUAAACAUGAAUGAUCAUGGAUUUGUGGUGUGUGCCUACAACCGUACAACAGAGAAAGUCAAAUCUUUUUUGGAAAAUGAAGCAAAGGGCACAAAAAUAAUUGGUGCAUAUUCAUUGAAAGAAAUGGUAGACAAAUUAAAAUCACCAAAAAGAGUAAUGCUUUUAGUAAAAGCUGGUGCUGCUGUGGAUGCAUUUAUUGAACAAUUAGUACCUUUAUUGUCUCCUGGAGAUAUUAUUAUUGAUGGUGGUAACUCUGAGUACCAGGAUACUGACAGACGAACUAAGGAGCUAGAAAAGAAAGGAAUUUUAUUUGUUGGUAGUGGUGUUAGUGGAGGUGAAGAUGGUGCUCGAUAUGGACCAUCUUUAAUGCCAGGUGGAAAUCCCAAAGCUUGGCCACAUAUUAAACAAAUCUUUCAGUCAAUCUGCGCAAAAGUUAAUAGAGAACCUUGUUGUGAUUGGGUUGGUGAAAGAGGUGCAGGACACUUUGUAAAAAUGGUACAUAAUGGUAUUGAGUAUGGUGAUAUGCAACUUAUUUGCGAAGCAUAUCACAUUAUGCGAAAUGGUUUAAAACUUAAUCCAGAAGAGAUGAGUCAAGUCUUUGAGGAUUGGAAUAAAGGAGAACUUGACUCAUUUUUAAUUGAAAUUACAAAAGAUAUCCUUAAAUAUAAGGAUGAAAAAGGAUAUUUAUUAGAGCGAAUUAGGGAUACAGCUGGUCAAAAAGGAACUGGAAAGUGGACAGCUAUUGCAGCACUAGAUUAUGGAGUACCUGUAACUCUAAUAGGAGAAUCAGUCUUUGCUAGAUGCCUUUCUGCUUUACAAAGUGAAAGAAUAGAAGCAAGCUCAGUAUUGCAAGGUCCUGAUACUACAUAUCAAGGCGACAAGAAACAGUUCCUAGAGCAUUUGAAGAAAGCUCUUUAUGCCUCCAAAAUUAUUUCUUAUGCACAAGGAUUUAUGUUAUUAAGAGAGGCUGCUAAAAUUCACAAUUGGAAUUUGAAUUAUGGUGGUAUAGCUCUUAUGUGGAGAGGAGGAUGUAUUAUAAGAAGUGCAUUUUUGGGAAAUAUAAAGACAGCAUUUGAAAAGAAUCCAAAACUUUCCAAUUUAUUAUUAGAUGAUUUCUUUGCUAAUGCAAUGAAAGAAUGUCAAGCUAGUGCUCGGAUAGUAGUAUCUACAGCUGUAACAUUAGGCAUAGCAACUCCUGCAUUAUCAACUGCUUUAGCUUUCUAUGAUGGCUAUAGAACAGCUCGACUUCCAGCAAAUUUACUUCAAGCUCAACGAGAUUACUUUGGAGCUCACACUUAUGAACUACUUGGCCAAGAAGGAAAAUUUGUACAUACUAAUUGGACUGGACAUGGUGGAAAUGUAUCUGCAUCUACAUAUGAUGUAUAAUAAUUACUAACAUAAUUUUAUGCUAAUAAAAUGUACAUACACUUAAUGUUACAAUUGAGGUUAAUGGUUGAUAAAUCUAUCAAUAUGUAUUAGAUCUAAUAAUAAUAACUGGUUAUGUAAAACUGCUGAAAAUAUUUUGUUUAAAAAGAUACAAGUUUAUUAAAAAAAUAUGUUACAUACAUUUGUA